AUGGCACCUCCCACUCCCAUUAUCACUAGAGAUGAAGUAGAGCCAAUACUAUCCAGGACGAAAGAUUGUAUUUUGGCGUCACUCAUACAAAACGAAUGUCAUUUUGAUGGCCAUAACUAUGUAUGCAUUCCCUUUAAACGCUUGUUUGAAGAAUGCACGUUGAACAAAAGGAGAGUACGGAUAGAGGUAACAGACAUAAGCACCAACCAAUAG